AUGUUCGACGAGAACAGUAAUACCGCCGGCGCUGGAGCUGUGGUGGCGCAGUCGGGUGCACUAGCUCCCGGUAGCAUUCCCGGAAAUGUCUCAGCUCCAAAUUCGGCUAUCGUCACACAAUUGCUCAACGUCAAGGAUAGCCGUUGGCUUCAGGUUGAAGUCUGUCGCGAAUUUCAACGUGGACAAUGCGCCAGAAGCGAUUUGGAGUGCAAAUUCGCUCAUCCGCCUCCACACGUCGAUGUUCAACAAGGACGUGUCACAGCAUGUUAUGAUAGCAUAAAGGGUCGAUGUACCAGGGAGAAUCCAAAAUGCAAAUAUUUGCAUCCACCACAACACAUAAAGGAUCAGCUGCUCAUCAAUGGAAGGAACAAUUUGGCAUUGAAGAAUCUGAUAUCAGCGCAGUUGAAUCAGACAGCCACCGGACAACCGAUUGCAGUUAAUCCGAUUGCGCAAAUCAUGCAGCAACAAACAGGGCGUGGCGCCGCGAAUAUAUGGCCACACUACCAUAUCCCUAUUAUCAGGGCCGGUGUCCCUUGCAAACGCCCUGCCGUUGACAAGAACGGAGCUGUUGUGUACAGUGCCAAUCCACAACCAGCUCAGCAGUUCAAUCCCUACGUUCUACCGGGUCUUCAGGGCUAUGUACCCGCCGUGUCAUUCAGCGGGCCAUUGCCACCUCGUUACUAG